CAGUCUUUAAGCCUCUCAGUCUUCAAUAGUUAUCUAGCUAAAUAUAGCAAGCGUUUCUACCUCCUGCACCCUGUAAGACUGAGCGACGUUCUCCUCGAAAUCUAAGUGACAAGGUACAGUGGUUGACUCUCACCUCCCGAUCAUCAGCGCAGUGAUGGGCUGUUUCCUCGAUGAGCUCUGUAAUUGGAAAUUGGUACAUUAUUGCCACAUGUCCUAAGAGAAUACAGACCCAGUUAACUCACUCGCUCCUUGUACGGCAAACCCACCAUACCUACAGCCAGUCUGGUGAACCGCUGACAUUCACUCCAUGGCAAGUUCAUCCUCUCUUGGCUCGAUGGCAGCGAGGAGCACGCCGCCGCCCGGGACGCUGAACGGGACAGACGCAGAGGGCUGUAACCUGACUGCUGGCCGGCUCGAGAAGAUCAUCCUCCCGGUGCUAUACUCCAUCAUCAUUCUCAUCGGGUUGCCUGCUAACUUCACGGCACUCUGGGUGUUCCUGAGGCAAUACCGAAAGCACGGCAUCCUGGUGUACCUGUUUAAUCUGGCGGCUGCCGACCUAUUCAGCUGUUUCAGCCUCCCGCUCCGCGUGGCGCUGCUCCUGGGAGGCGAUGGCUGGCAAGAGAGCUCGUCCAUUUGUGUCGUCACCAUGGUGGCCAUCAACUCCACCUUCUACUACACGGUCAGCUGUAGCACCAUGUUCCUUGCCUUCAUCAGUGUCAGCCGCUACGCCAUGAUCGUCAAGCCCAACAGCAGAUACCUCAACAAGUUCUACGACACGGGCUUCGCCCAGUGGGCCUGUGUCCUCACCUGGACCCUAACCAUCAUCCCCAUCAUUUUCCUCAACAUCAACUACUUCUUCAGGGAAGUGAGGCUGGUGACCGGUGCUGCCUGCUACAACAUCCAGCUGCAGUACGGCAAGAGGCUGUCGGCUAACGCCUUCGUGAUGGUGGCGGUGAUCUUCCUGGUGCUACUGGCCAUGUUCGCCUUCUCGUACGCCUCCAUCGCAGUGGAGCUGUGCAGCAUGAGGAGGAAGAGCGGCAGCCAACGCAGCCGGCUCAUCCACAUCCGGGCGCAGCUCAUCAUCGUUGGGGCCAUGAUGGGCUUCGUGAUUUGCCACCUGCCCUACCAUGUCUACCAGAUCGUCGCUGGCCUCCACCGGUUAAACGGCAGCGGCUGCGCUUGGCUGCUGCAGACGCACCACAUCAAACUUGUCACCCUCUGGCUUGUCUCCCUCAGCAGUUGCUUGGACCCCAUCCUCUACUUCCUCCUCUCUAAAUCCUUCGUAAAGCGCGGGAGCAACAGAGAAAGGAGCAGUUAAGUUCACGUUCAAGUUUAAUUAUCAUUCAGCCAUACAUGAAUAUAGCCAAAGGAAACAGCCUUCGUCCAGGCCAAGGUGCAAAACACACUACGAACAGCACACAGCACAUAUGGUUACAGCAACAGAAAACAUACAGUCACAAAAAAUAAUCUAGCCCAAGUCCCCGAGUGGCAAGGCCUGUAGACUGAUGGUGCGUGGAUGUUGUCCUGGUCUAGCUUGUCCUUCCAGCAGGGCAGCACUGAGUGAACAUCGGAGAGCGACUCUGAGCGAGCAGGGGAGGGCGAUAUCCAGCGAGCACUGCAGAGCGACAGGCAACCCAGCGGUCUGAGGCGACACAGCUCCCCACUGAAGCAAUGAACUGGAGUUGCAGGAUUCCACUUUACCAAUGUCACAGCUCAGGGCUCAUCAGGCCGACCCUCGCCAGCACCGUGCCAGAGGGUCAGCAAUAACAGAGUGACUGUGAUGGGCACUGGAACAAUGAUAUCAUCACGCCCUCAAGCAAACCUCCAUUUUACCAAAACCAGGGACUGAAAUUAGAUGAUUCAGAAAUCAGGAAAGGAGGUCACGCUGUGUCUGUAAAGAAUAUCAGCUGGGAUUGGGACUUUAUAUUAGGUGGUUGUAUUGAUGGUUGAUCCUGACUCUUCGGACCGUUCCUACUGUUCCUCGAGAUCAUACCCGACCCCCAUUAUGUCAGCUUUGCCCAAAUCCCCAAACCUGACCAGCUGUCUAUAACUAGUGUACACGCGGUGUGUGGCGGUAGCGUAGCGUUGUCAUGAUUCCAUUACAGCUCAGGGCGUCAGAGUUUGGAGUUCAAUCCCAGCAUCCUCUGUAAGUAAUGUUGUACAUUCCUUCCUGUGAACACGUGCGUUUCCUCUGGGUGCUUUGAUUUCAUCUCACACUCCAACACACACGGUUUGUGAGUUAAUUGAUCAUUGUAAAUUGUUCCACGAUUAGGCUCACGUUAAACUGGGAGUUGUUGGGCAGUGUGGCUCCAAGGGCCGUAGGGGUCUAUUCUGUGCUGUACCUCUAAAUCAAUGAAUUAAACAAUCAAUCAAUCGAUCUCAGAUUUAACCCUUGACCCAGUACAUGUGAGUUCCAGAUUCCCUCAUUUAUUAUGUGUAGAAGUCUCUCUGAACUUCAGAACUGUAAUCAGGUUUAUUGUCAUUGACAUAUGCCAUGAAAUUUCUGAUUUUGUGGUUAUUAUGUUAGGCCCAGAAUAGAUCUUCAGAGAUGUUCACUCUCAGGCAGUUGAAAGUGUUCACCCUUUCCUCUGCUCAUCGCUGCGUGAGGACCAACUUCCCUUUCCUGAGUCCACGUGCAAAACCUGUGAAUUCAAAGACUUUCUUCCCCUUCCCUGGGGUUUCUUAGCAACCACAAUCUCUCUCAAAACUUUCACUUCCCUCUAAUGCCUGAAAAUUUGGAUCAAGUCACUAAUUUCAUCUUCUAACUCGCCACGGUAGCGCAAUGCUAUUACAGCUUGGGGCAGAGUUCAUAUUUCAACUGUGGCACCGUCUGUGAGGGGUCUCUGCAAAGGUUUUCCACGGGUGUUCUGGGUUCCUCCCGUCGUCCAAAGAUAUACUGGGAAGUUUUAUUGUCCUGUGAUUAGGUUCGGGUUAAAUUGGGGUUGUUGGGGUUGUGUGGCCUGAAGGGAGGGAAAGGUAUACUCCAUGCUGUUUCACCAAACAAAUCAAUAAACAACACCCCCCCUCCCAAUCUGCAGAAUUUCUCCUCCCUACCCCCGAGCUGGGUUCUAGGAGUCCUCAGAGAGCAAAUUGAGAAAAUCCAUCCGCAACAUUAACAGGGUGAUGGGGCGACCAAGGAGGCAAGCUUACAGGAACUUCAUUGAUAGACAACCCUUCACUAAGAUUUCAACAGAAAGAUGAGAGAUAGCAUGGGGUAGUUUGCUCUUUGUAGCAGGUGGUGGGAUAAUUCCCCUGUAACAUGCCCCACUGUGUGGGCUUUCCCCAGGGGUUUUGGUCACCUCCCUCCCACACCCAGUGAUGCGCUGCUUCAAGAUUCAAAUUGAUUUAUCACGUGUACAUUGAAACAGACGGUGAAAUGCGUCGCUGCACCAUCCUGUACUUCUUCUCCGUCCCAGCAGCCCUACUGGGCCAGGGGCUGCCGACAGCAACUCACCAGAGACCUCUGACCCGGGCCAGUCAUUUACGUUGUCCCCAGGCGCAGUCCAUCUUCAAAGCCACUUGCUUUGCCAGGGAUGAGGUCCGUGCAGCUCCUGUUGCCCUUCCUGUAGCUCUGGCUAUUUAUGGGAUGGGGCUGCUGGCCCUGUGCCCAACCCUCCUCCCUUCGAAGCCAGGCUUUGGACUGUCUAUAGCUGAGUUACAGAUGAUCUGUAUGGUGAUUUCUAUCCAAAGUUUAGAGUUAAGCAGACACAAUAACUUUCAUUGCAGGAAUGUCCUCCACACACCCACACAAUUCUGCCUCACUGAAAUCGCACCGAGAGCUCAACUGGAAGAGUAUUGAGAUGAAAAACACGAGCAUCCAUGUUGGCAUGUUAAGGUUCAGGACAUUACUGAUGCUGCUCCCGUUUCACAAACACAAGUCCUGACGAAGGGUCUCGGCUCGAAACAUCGACUGUCCACUUCUCUCCACAGAUGCUGCCUGAACUGCUGAGAUCUUCCAGCAUUUUGUGUGUGUUCAUUAAACUUCUUGUGUUUAUAAUCAGGUCAGCAUCUCGUUGCUGUUUCUGAACCUUGCUGAGAGUGAGUUUCAUUUUCCCUUUCCCGUUCUGGUUCCCCCUUCACCCCCUCUUGUUCCCCCCUCACCUCCCUCUCGUUCCCCCACCCCCUCUCCUCACCUCCCUCUCAUUCCCCCUCACCCCUCUCCUCACCUCCCUCUCAUUCCCCCACCCCCUCUCCUCACCUCCCUCUC